GGUAGCGCCAGCCGUGACGUUGAAGCRGAAACACAAGAGGGGUACAACUAUCUGGGCUAGAGAUGGAGUUGGGGGGGGAGCUACAACGAGGAGCAGACGACUGGCUGAUGACCUUGGAAGAAGGAUGCAGGAGUUUACAGGUGAUGGUGGGCGAGUUGUCUUUGCGAUCAUACGAGGAGCCAGAGGACGUAGGGAGGGCGAUCUCUCUGGCUGGCUGGGUGAAGAAUAUGGUCGAUGACAUGCUGAACAUUAUCUGGGAGCUGGAGGAGGGGCCGGAUCCCCAGCUAGAAUCCUGCAUCGAUUGGAUGAGAGCACAUGGCAUGAUGUCUACCUAUUAUGCCCUCUUCGCUGAGGGUCGUAACCGGCGCUAUAAGUUGGAGGAGCGUUUGAUGGGCGAUGACGACAAGGAGGAUGAGAACGGGCAGGAGAAUGGAGCACAGGAAGACAAGGCUAACUCCGGCGUCAACACCGACAACAACAACAACUACAACAACAACAACGACAACGACAACAACAACGCGCUUAGCGAUAAUAACAAUGACAACAACAACGACUUCAACAACAACAACAACAACGGCAACACAACGCCAACGAUCAGCGAUGCUGUGGGAAUUGGGGCAGAUAACAACAACAACGACGAUGGGGAUGACAACAACAACAACUGCGAUGAUGGCGACAUCGGUGACGUCGGUGGCAGCGAUGAUGGCGAUAGAGAUGUGGGGAUUGGGGAUGGUAACAGUGAUGGAGAUGACAACAACAACAACAGAGAUGGGGAUGACAACAACAACAACUGCGAUGAUGGCGACAUCGGUGACGUCGGUGGCAGCGAUGAUGGCGAUAGAGAUGUGGGGAUUGGGGAUGGUAACAGUGAUGGAGAUGACAACAACAACAACAGAGAUGGGGAUGACAACAACAACAACUGCGAUGAUGGCGACAUCGGUGACGUCGGUGGCAGCGAUGAUGGCGAUAGAGAUGUGGGGAUUGGGGAUGGUAACAGUGAUGGAGAUGACAACAACAACAACAGAGAUGGGGAUGACAACAACAACAACUGCGAUGAUGGCGACAUCGGUGACGUCGGUGGCAGCGAUGAUGGCGAUAGAGAUGUGGGGAUUGGGGAUGGUAACAGUGAUGGAGAUGACAACAACAACAACAGAGAUGGGGAUGACAACAACAACAACUGCGAUGAUGGCGACAUCGGUGACGUCGGUGGCAGCGAUGAUGGCGAUAGAGAUGUGGGGAUUGGGGAUGGUAACAGUGAUGGAGAUGACAACAACAACAACAGAGAUGGGGAUGACAACAACAACAACUGCGAUGAUGGCGACAUCGGUGACGUCGGUGGCAGCGAUGAUGGCGAUAGAGAUGUGGGGAUUGGGGAUGGUAACAGUGAUGGAGAUGACAACAACAACAACAGAGAUGGGGAUGACAACAACAACAACUGCGAUGAUGGCGACAUCGGUGACGUCGGUGGCAGCGAUGAUGGCGAUAGAGAUGUGGGGAUUGGGGAUGGUAACAGUGAUGGAGAUGACAACAACAACAACAGAGAUGGGGAUGACAACAACAACAACUGCGAUGAUGGCGACAUCGGUGACGUCGGUGGCAGCGAUGAUGGCGAUAGAGAUGUGGGGAUUGGGGAUGGUAACAGUGAUGGAGAUGACAACAACAACAACAGAGAUGGGGAUGACAACAACAACAACAUAGAUGGGGAUGACAACAAUAACAACUACGAGGAUGGCGGCAACGACGAUGGUGGUGGAAGCGAUGACGACGACGGCAGUAAUGACCACAGGAGCAGCAGGGCAGAGAGCAUCGGCACGACGGGAAAGAAGCCCCAUGCUGACAUGGCGGGGAGUGGAGUAGACAUGGAUAAGAGGGUUAUAUGCGGAGUGAUGUGCCUGGCGAGAUGGGGCUUGGGGUUGAAGGAUCAAUCUGCCGUUUCCCCCCCCUUCUAUCUGCUGUUUCCUCAUGGUGACUUGUUCUUCUCUGUCGGUCAUCGGGUGGGAGUAGGAUAGAUGCCCACCUCCCCUUUUUUUAUUAGAGUUGGCCGACCCUCAAACUCUAAUCAUGAAGGGGUGUCGAUCGCCCCCAAGGGGAUGUAGGGUGCUUAGGGUCUUGAGUUUUGCUUUGUUUCCCUUCCUGGGGUGAUCGACGUCGAUGGUUUUAUAGAUGGGAUAAUACUUCAUGGGCACGAGGUCAAUCCUUCCUUGUCGCAGACCUCUGCUCAUCUCGGAAAUAUUCGGACAGACUAUAUCAUUGAUAAAGUUCACACGCAUCA